AUGAAACAAUAUGAAGAACGUGAACAAUUACUUCAAAUACAAUUAGAUACAAUUCAUAAUGGGCGUCUUAAUGAAAGCGAAACUGGAAAAUCCAAUAAUAUAAAAGCAUCAAAUGUUAUACCGAUUUUUGUUGAAGAUUUGAAAUGUGAAUUAGAACGCUAUCAGAUCGCAUUUGAAAAAACUAAAAAACUUCUUGAAGCAGAAACAUGUCGUGCAGAUACGGCAGAAACUCAACAAAAAAUGGAACAAUGUAAAUUCAAUGAAUUUCACGAACGUGUAGAAGCAGAAAUUACUGGUAUUAAAGCAUCCUUAUCAACUAGACGUGCUGAAAUUCGACAAUUAAAAAAGCAUAUUUCUGACAUAACAUCAGAAAAACAAGCAUUACUUGAAAAUCUUUUCAAAGCUUAUAAUACAUUAUUAAAUAUAGUUUCAUUAUGGAAAUCAACAAAUGGUCAAUUAUGUCAAUGUUUAUAUGAAUCUAUUCAAGAGAAUGUGAAUGAAAUUGUUUGUUUAACUAAACAAUUAAAUAAUUUAGCUAAAGGACAAAAAUUAGAUUUAACUGAAUUGUUGAUUCAACCAAAACCUUUAACAAAUAACAUAAAUGAUAUUAUAUUGAAUAGUGAAAAACAAAUUAAAGAUAAUGAUUAUGUAAUUAGUACAUCUCCAAAAGAUAUUUCAUCAUCACUACAAAUACAAUCAAUCUGUAAUUCUGAGAAUAAAACUAAUAAUUGUUUUACUAAAAAUACGUGGGAAGCUUCAUUUGAUGAUGUCAUAACUACUGCAUCUCAAUUAUCAAAUAAUUUCAACAAAGAACAAUUACAUAAUUCAUUAAACCAGUUAAUUAAAACACGGAUAUUGUUGCUUAAAUUACGUCAAGAACUUGCUAAUAAAUAUGCAGAUCAUUUAGGCGGGAAAAUAGAUUGCAUUGUUCAGUGA